AUGAUGGCGGCCGGGGGCUACGCGCGCAGCGACGCGGCCGACAAGGCGUCUGCCGCGGCCGGGGUCCCGACGCGGAGGAGCCAGCCCUCGCCGCCCCCCGCCCCGCCGCUCUGCCUGCGACGGCGGACGCGACUCGCAGCGGCGCCCGAGGACGCGGUGCAGAACCGGGUGACACUUGAGAAGGUGCUUGGUAUCACAGCCCAGAACAACAGUGGACUAACCUGUGACUCUGGCACAGGCCACGUGGCCUACCUGGCAGGUUGUGUGGUGGUGAUCUUGGACCCCAGGGAGAAGAAGCAACAGCACAUCUUUAACACCAGCAGGAAGUCUCUCAGUGCCCUGGCUUUCUCCCCGGAUGGGAAGUACAUUGUGACAGGGGAGAAUGGGCAUAGGCCAGCCGUGCGCAUCUGGGACGUGGAGGAGAAAAGUCAAGUGGCAGAGAUGCUGGGCCACAAGUAUGGUGUGGCCUGUGUGGCCUUCUCACCCAAUAUGAAGCACAUUGUGUCCAUGGGUUACCAACACGACAUGGUCCUCAACGUCUGGGACUGGAAGAAAGACAUUGUGGUGGCCUCCAACAAGGUGUCAUGCAGAGUCAUUGCCCUCUCCUUUUCUGAGGACAGCAGCUACUUUGUCACCGUGGGGAACCGACAUGUGAGGUUCUGGUUCCUGGAUGUCUCCACUGAAGCAAAAGUGACAGGCACAGUGCCCCUAGUAGGGCGCUCAGGCAUCCUGGGUGAGCUACACAACAACAUCUUCUGUGGUGUGGCCUGUGGCCGGGGCCGGAUGGCAGGCAAUACCUUCUGUGUGUCCUACUCCGGCCUCCUCUGCCAGUUCAACGAGAAGAGGAUGCUGGAAAAGUGGAUCAACCUAAAGGUUUCCCUGUCUUCCUGCCUCUGUGUCAGUGAGGAGCUCAUCUUCUGUGGAUGCACAGAUGGGAUAGUCCGCAUCUUCCAGGCCCACAGCCUGCACUACCUCGCCAACCUGCCCAAGCCACACUACCUUGGAGUAGAUGUGGCACAGGGACUGGAGCCCAGCUUCCUCUUUCACAGGAAGGCAGAAGCAGCCUACCCAGAUACAGUGGCACUGACCUUUGACCCUGUCCAUCACUGGCUGUCCUGCAUCUAUAAAGACCACAGCAUCUACAUUUGGGAUGUCAAGGACAUAAACAAAGUCAACAAGUUGUGGUCAGAGCUCUUCCACAGCUCCUUUGUCUGGAAUGUAGAGGUGUAUCCUGAAUUUGAAGAUCAGAGAGCUUGUCUGCCAUCCGGGUCUUUUCUGACUUGUUCCUCAGAUAACACCAUCCGCUUCUGGAACAUGGACAGCAGCAGUUCUGACACUCAUUGGCAGAGAAACAUCUUCAGUGAUACCCUGCUGAAGGUGGUGUAUGUGGAGAAUGAUGUCCAGCACCUGCAGGACACAUCCCACUUCCCAGACCGGGGCAGUGAGAACGGGUCACCCGUGGAUGUGAAAGCUGGGGUGCGCGUCAUGCAGGUCAGUCCUGACGGCCAGCACUUGGCUUCAGGCGACCGCAGUGGAAAUCUGAGGAUCCAUGAGCUGCACUUCAUGGAUGAGCUGAUCAAGGUGGAGGCCCAUGAUGCUGAGGUUCUGUGCCUAGAAUACUCCAAGCCUGAAACAGGAGUUACCUUGCUGGCCUCAGCCAGUCGGGACCGGCUAAUCCACGUGCUCAAUGUGGAGAAGAACUACAACCUGGAGCAGACCCUGGAUGACCAUUCCUCCUCUAUUACUGCUAUUAAGUUUGCUGGCAACAGAGACAUUCAGAUGAUCAGCUGUGGAGCCGACAAGAGCAUCUACUUCCGCAGUGCUCAGCAGACCUCGGAUGGACUGCACUUUGUUCGUACUCACCACGUAGCAGAGAAGACCACCUUGUAUGACAUGGACAUUGACAUCACACAGAAGUAUGUGGCUGUGGCCUGCCAAGACCGCAAUGUGAGGGUCUACAACACAGUGAAUGGGAAGCAGAAGAAGUGCUACAAGGGCUCCCAGGGUGAUGAAGGGUCCCUGCUGAAGGUGCAUGUGGACCCCUCAGGCACCUUCCUGGCCACUAGCUGCUCCGACAAAAGCAUCUCAGUGAUCGACUUUUACUCUGGUGAAUGUGUUGCCAAAAUGUUUGGCCAUUCAGAAAUCAUCACUGGCAUGAAGUUCACAUAUGACUGCCGUCACUUGAUCACUGUAUCUGGAGACAGCUGUGUGUUCAUCUGGCACCUGGGCCCAGAGAUCACCACCUGCAUGAAGCAGCACUUGCUGGAGAUCAACAACCAGGAGCAGCAGCAGCAGCAGCCCAAGAGCCAGACGUGGGACAGCCACACCAGUCAGGAGGCAUAUUCUUCCAUGCCCAGUGAGAUUCGCUCCCUGAGCCCUGGAGAGCAGACAGAGGAUGAGAUGGAGGAGGAGUGUGACUUAGACGAGCUGCUGAAGACGCCAUCCAAAGAGAGCUUGGAUCCAGAUCCUCGGUGCCUGCUGACCAAUGGCAAACUGCCACUCUGGGCAAAGCGGCUGCUAGGGGAUGAUGAUGUGGCAGAUGGCUCAGCCUUCCACACCAAGCGCAGCUACCAACCACAUGGCCGUUGGGCAGAGAGGGCUGAGCAGGAGCCCCUGAAAACCAUUCUGGAUGCUCGGGCCCUGGAUUGCUACUUUACACCCAUGAAGCCUGAGAGUUUGGAGGACUCUGUUCUGGACACAAUGGAGCCACAGAACCUGGCAGACCUGCUGAGUGAGUCAGAUAGUCCCUAUGAGGAUGGCCGUGGGCAUCCCUCCUUCCUGCCUGUACAGAGGGAGUCUUCUGAAACCAGCAAGCUCAUCCUCUGCUCCCUGGAGACGGAAGUGACAAACACAGGAACUGACAGUACAGACUUCAAGAAGGAGAGAGAGGCAGCGCCUGGAGAUCAGCAAGCUGACUCCUACCUCAGGGUGUCCUCCGUCAGCUCAAAGGAUCAGAGCCCACCUGAGGACUCUGGGGACUCAGAGCCUGAGUUGGCGUGCAGCUUUACCACCAUCCACUUCUCCGCUCCCAUACCUGACCCAGAGCCUCGCCUCACCGUGUCAAUGCCCCCUGAGCCAGGAUACCCAGGGACAGCAGAAGAGCCAUCUCAGCCUGAGGGGCCAGGCCUGGCCAAUGGCUCACUGCCCCAGACCCCUGAGCAGGAGAAGUUCCUCCGCCACCACUUUGAGACACUCACUGAUGCCCCUGCUGAAGAGCUCUUCCAUGCGUCACUGGCAGACGUGACUGUCUCAGAGGGUGAUAACUACUACUUCAAUCCCCGCCUCAGUAUCUCCACCCAGUUUCUCUCACGCCUCCAGAAGACAUCCAGGUUCCCUCCCCGAUUGCCCCUGCACCUUGUGAAGUCUUCAGAGGUCAAGCCCAUAGGCCGAGGAGACAGCCAGCCCAGAGCAGAAUCUCUGAGAGCAGGUACUGGCUACACCUCCCCAGAUGGGACCAACGUCUUCUCUGGACAGAAGGCUGAAGAGACCCCAGAGGCAUGGUGCCCACCAAUGCAUCCCACACCUACAUCUGGACCGACCCCAGGCCUGGCUCAGGACGUCUGUGCUCUUUCCACCUGUUCUUCCAAGGAGACCACUGCCAACUCUUGUGCCAAGAUGUCACAUAGCAUCUCCCUCGGAGACAGUGAAAACCCUAUGAUAGCUGAGCUGGCCAGGUCCCUCCAUAGGCCCCUGUCUAUGGGAGAGCUGGCCUCCCUGGACCAGGAGCUCCAGGCCAUCCCCACCACAGCAACCUCGAGUUGUGGCAGUGAGAGUCAAGAGCCUGCUCUGCCCUCCUGGGGCAAUCAUGAGGCUCGAGCCAGCCUAAGACUGACCCUGCCCAGUGUCUGUAAUAGGCUCCUAUCUCCACCCCCACUGGAGCCACCCACCACAUAUGUCUGGUCCCAGGAACCCAUAGGUGCCCAGCCUGGUGUGGUGGUCACAACAGCCAGCUUUCCAGCCCCCAGCACUGUAGAUGUGAACACCCUUAGGCUCCACAGUUCUGCCUUUCUCCCAAAUAACCCAGCCCCAGAGCUCCUCACCCCUCCUUCCCACCCCAACAGCCCCCCACUUCCAGAAGCCAGGCCCAGGGUUCCUGGUAGCACUGCCUCCCUUCUGGAGCUCACCUCUGAUGCACCCAGUGUGACCUGGGGCAGCCCUGGACACUGUGGGAAGUCUAGGCUGCCAUCUGAGGUCCUGCCCCCAGCACGCCUUGAUCUGGGCAAUGUGGAGGCCAUCUUGCACAGGCUGCAGACUGCCUUCCAAGAAGCCUGUGACCUUUACCACAUGCUGAUCUCCAGCAGCCAGCUGAGCGCUGAGCAGCAGCAGGCACAGACUGAGCUGGCUUCUGUCUUCCACCGGAUCUACAGCCAGCUGGAAGCCAGUAACUGGCUGGCUGGGACUGAUGUGGCCCCAGCCCAGACAGUGCCCAGCCCAGGUCCCCCAUCUCCACCCAUACUGUGUCCCUUGGCCAACCCAGACUUGCAGGCUCUACUUGAACACUAUUCAGAGCUACUCGUGCAGGCCGUGCGGAGGAAGGCACGGGGGGACUGAGAGCCUACAGCCCCUUUACCACGGCCAUGCUGCUCUGGAGAAAUAGGUUUUUAAACAAAUAAAUAAACUGAUGGCUUGGCGCACU